AUGCGAUCUGAACUCUCCACAUUAAACGAGAAGCUUGACAGGAGUAGACAACAGGGCCUGGUGAUUGCUACCUCUCAGCCCUCAGUAUACCUGUCACCCGACGCCGUGAAAGGAACCUGGCGCAACGCGGCCACCACCAGCUUACCGAAGGGCGACAAGCUGACGCGCGCUCAUUCGGCUGCCUACGACGCGGACGACUGUCCCUCGAAUGACACGGAGCUUCUGAAGCGUCGCGCAACCACUCUUGAUAUCGAUAUGUCAACUAAAGGACAAGGAAAAGCUGCCAGCCGAAGACGAUUAUUCGGCCUGUUUUCAAAACAAAGUAACAGCUCACGCGAAAAGGCGAAUGACAAGGUCACACGCGAAAGUGUCGCGUUGGAAAGUCUUCCUCAACCCGGGGACGACUCGAAGAGGCCGGUCGUGCUUCAGGCCUUGGUGGAAUCCCUGGAACGACAUAAGGCUGAUCUGAAGUUUGCAGUUUCGCCCCUUCAUGAUAGCGUUGUACAGGGGGGAGGAGGAGGAGGAGGGAAAAAUUGCUUCCAGAUCUCAACCUUUUUACCCAUGCCGAAAAGUCAAUCGCGGCCCACCAAUGGUCUGCGUGAUCCUCAUCGCGAUCGAAUAACCUCGCUCACCCGUCGGUGGACACAGGAGCGCUCGCAGUCCAUCACCUCAAUGGACGACGACGAUGACGAUGAUGGCGUCGCUUCUACAGUCUGUCUUAGACGUCCGGCUCCGGGUCGCAAUCGUCUCACCAAGCAAGCAACCGGUGAUGUCCAGGAACCUCAUUCAGUCCAUCGCAUCUACUCUUGUAGUUCACCAGCUGAAAGAAACUACUGGCUACACAAAUUUCAGUGUUUUGCCAAUCCCCGUCUGUGCUCCGAGAAGCACUUUGAGAACCAUCUGCACUUGUCCAUUCAGGAGAUCAAGGGUGUCCCAUCUGGCAAUGAGUACUUCUGCGAAAUCUACCUUGACGAUGCGCUGUACGCCCAGACGCCGCUCAAGACAAUGACGCAGACAUUAUCUUGGUCAGAAGAUUUCGAUUUCAGUCACCUUUCACAAUUUUCCGAACUCCGCAUCUUCCUUUGGAUGUCGAAGCCAAUCCCGAUUGCUGAGAAGUCAACGAAUCGGAGAGCGUCCCUGCCCCGAUCGGGCGUUGUCAAUGGCGGCGACCAAUCAUCAACCUAUAGGCUGUCGAUUCCGAACCACGCGGACUCGAUGAUGUCAAUAGAAAGUGAGAAUUGCAGGAGCAUUUUCUCAAACUCCUCAUCGGAGAACUUCGCAGCGCAGGAGGACUUGCGAAGUAGAAAAAGAAGGCGGCUGGGAGGAAUUUGGAGCAAGAAGACUCCCGCCGAUCUCUACCUAAUUGGUAAGUUCGUCGUCCCUGCAGCUGAGAUAACUGGCAUAGUGGACGUGGAGGCCUGGUACUCGAGCGCGAUGGACGCCGCAGAUAAACGCCGUUCCUUCGUUGACCACUGCGCCCCCGCGUCCGUCUCCUUCGAGGGCCACAACCCCACGGCGCACGCCAGCAGCGCCAAACGCCUGAGCCGCGCCGGGGUCCAGCUCUCGCGCAAGACCCUCGCACAGCUGGAGCGCAGUCCGCCGCGUCUGCGCCUCAGCGCCUGCUACUCCAGUGUCUCUGUUCUCCCGCUCUGCGGCUACGCGAGUCUCCUGGCCUCCCUGUCGACCCCCGACACGUGCACCGCCUACCUCAGGAGCCUGGAGCCCUGGCUGUCGGUCAGGUCGAAGGCCGCCCUCGCCAAAUCCCUCCUUGGGAUGCUCCAACUUCGCGGGCAGGUGCCCGCCUUCCUCUCGGCUCUUGUGCUCUCAGAGGUGCAGGAACAAGACAAUCCGAACAUGGUUCUUCGAAGCAACAGCCUUGCAACCAAGGCGAUUGAAUUGUACCUCAAGCAGAUCGGUGGAAACUACCUGAAAGUAGCUCUUGGCGGUUUCGUAGCGUCAGUUCUGUCGCGAACGGCAACGGCUGUCACCACGUGUCAGAAAGAGAAGCGGAAUUCCCUUGGCAGGCGACAGAUGUCACGACCCUCUAGCGACGACAUUGUCGGUCCGAAGUCCAGUUCUGACUUCGAAGUUGACCCUGAAAAGGUGACAAAUUCGGGACAGCUGCUUCGAAAUCAAGCAAAUUUGAUGCGACUUGUGAGAGAUGUCUGGCAACGAAUCCAGAACACUGUCUCAGAAUUUCCAAAUGAUUUGCGAAGAACUUUCGCGGCUAUACGUGAGGCAAUGCUGCCAGCGAACGCAUCGUGGAAGCACACCUCGGGUGACGAAACCGACGUCAGGGGCCUUUUCGAGCACGUCGUCUCGGCGUGCGUCUUCCUGCGCUUCAUCUGUCCGGCCAUUCUGUCGCCCUCGCUCUUCGGACUGGCCGACGGCCUCACCGAGGACCCUCGUGCUGUGCGGACCUUCACUCUAGUUGCAAAGGCAAUUCUGAAUUUGGCAAAUUUCACCCUUUUUGGAGACGUGAAAGAACUUCACAUGGACUUCCUUAAUCGCUUUGUCGCUGAGGAAAUACCGACAAUGCGAUCCCUUCUGUGGCGCCUUUCAGAGCCCAUUUCCCAACUGGGUGGCAGCGUGGAGAGCAGCAACGAGCCGCUGGUUCACACCGCGCAACUGGUCGAUGUGCUCACCGUGUUGAAGCGACCGUCCCCAGCACACGCUGAGAACACAGUCAGCUUAAGUGAUAGUCCUCUCUCAACAUUGCCAGAUUUUUGCAGCCUCUGUUCGGCUAUCACCUUGGAAUGUGAAUGCCAUCGUCAAAAGUCCCAGACUAAUUUUCCCGAAACGUCAGCCUCCAGUUCGAACGUCCAGGUUAUUCGUCAUCAGUGGCUGAUGGAACUCCAGGACCUCCAGUCUGACGCGGCCGUCUGUCGUCAAGCCAUAUGCGGAAUUCCACCUCAACUGACCGCCACUCGGCGUGCUCUUGAGCUAGAGCAACUCCAGUUAGCUGUGUCCUUGGCCCACUGCCAUGCACAACUGGAUGCCGUCUUCAAGAUGGUCCCCAUUGAAGCGCUAACAUUGCACUCAUCAUCUCAUUUCAAGAAGCUGAAUCAGCCGCUCAAGGCAUUGGGCUCGAUCCUCGCAUCCCUGACUCAUCUCAACGACCUAGACACCAAAACCUGGCACGCAAAACACAUGGCACCGCCCUGCCCUCAACAGCCUGCUUGUCAGGGCCUCGACCAGACAACGAAUGAACUGGCUUCUGGUGUGUCUGCUCUCUCAUUGGCUAAAUCACAGUCAAGGAGGGAAUUCACGCCUCGGGCGCGUGAACUCGAAGGCGUGCCGGUGGAGAAUGGCACUCCGAAGCCGGAGCCCACCACAAUCGCUGCGAAGGCAAAGUCCACACAACUGAUCGAACAAAGGAACGCCUAUCAUCUCAAAGUGCUUGGUUCCAAUCAGACACUUUCGAGCACAUUUAACACUUCCAGCGAGCCUGGGCCGUUGUGUGUUAGCGGAGCCAGGAUGCCUCAAGCUGACGACUGCAGCACACAGAUCACCACGAAUUCACGCUUGACAGCAACUACAAAUGAGUCCUCAUGGAGCCUCCUUCACGCCACGCAUCUAACCCCUUCUCAUUCUUCGCAGCCUCCAGCAAACAACCAGACAUUUUAUUCCGACAGUUCCUGCGCCUCGAUGACCCUUCCGUCUCCUCUGGGCAGCAGUAGCAGUGGAAGCGGACGACCUUCAAAUUGCCCAAUCAUGGGCACCGGUUUGUACACCGGGAACUGUGGCAUGCAGCGGUCCUGCACCUACCCCAGUGGCAACCAACAGGCCUUUGUUGAGGCAAACCAGCCACCCCAGGCCUCCAAUAAGUCCAGCAACACGUCUAGACGAACCUUUGUCUCCGCGCAAACCCAAACAUCCUGUGAACAAGUCACCGAGCUAGACGAAACUCAUCGCGAUCAAGAGAACUUAAGGCGAACACACCGCCCACAAAGAAAGCACCUGUACAUUAACAUUUUGGGCGACUUCGAGAGUGGAAAAGUGAAGCGAUAA